UUCUCACUUAUUAUAAAACGAACAUAAUCGGGGCAGGCCGACUUAUGUAUGACAGUCAAAUAUUAUUCGACACUUAUAGAACGAACGUAAUCGGGGCCGACCGGCUUAUGUAUGACAGUGAAAUAUUAUUCGAGACUUAUAGAACGAACGUAAUCGGGGCCGACCGGCUUAUGUAUGACAUUUUUCUAUUAUUUCUCACUUAUUAUAGAACGAACAUAAUCGGGGCAGGCCGACUUAUGUAUGACAGUCAAAUAUUAUUCGACACUUAUAGAACGAACGUAAUCGGGGCCGGCCGGCUUAUGUAUGACAGUGAAAUAUUAUUUGAGACUUAUAGAACGAACGUAAUCGGGGCCGACCGGCUUAUGUAUGACAUUUUUCUAUUAUUUCUCACUUAUUAUAGAACGCACAUAAUCGGGGAAGGCCGGCUUAUGUAUGACAGUCAAAUAUUAUUCGACACUUAUACAACGAACGUAAUCGGGGCCGACCGGCUUUUAUAUCAUUCGUGACAAGCAAAUAGGAAAGUAUCGCAAAUGAAACGAAAUUCGCAAUUUACGUGGAGCCUUUUUUUCUUUCGCCAGACAGGAUGUCUAGUUUCUUACAAAUUCGAAGAAAACGUUCGAAAAAACUUUCAUUUAAAUUUUUCAAUCGUCGGAGCUACACUAGUUUUAGUUAAGCCAUGGAAGUUCAUCGUCAAAAAUUUGAACAAUUUGCCCAGCGUUACACAGGCACUGGUAAAAGACCAACGAGUGGCACAAUAACAAGAGAGUUUGGGAAGAAAAUUUCCCAGAACUUAAAAAGCAAUGAGUCGGACAGUAAAAAGGGUACAGAAGCACGUCGCUUCAGAUUAUUGACCCAGAAGUUUAAGCUGAUGAACUGCGAAGAGCUGGGAAUGGUUGAUAUUUUGAUUGUGCCUUCACAAGAAGCUAAAAACCAUACAAGUAAUCAAUCGAUACCUGAAGGUUACUUAAGAGUGGCAUACGUAGAUGAAUUCUUUGACAUCAUACGCUCAAUUCACUGUAAUGAAUUAAAACACGCUGGUGUGAAAAAGACAUUCAAAAAGGUAUUAGUGUUUUCUUAUCAGAAUUAAUAACUAUAUUUACAUAAAAAAUUGUACCCUAGACAAAAUAUAAAGAUUGAUACAAAUAACUACUCAAUUCGUAUUUUUCCUACUAAGGUUUCAAGUUCAUUUUGGGGUAUCCCAAGAUCGGCUAUUGAAGAGUAUAUCAAUCUUUGCGAAACUUGCCACUUAAAACAGCCACAGAAGACUGUACCGCCAAUCAAGCCUAUUAUAUCAAAUGGCUUCAUGAAACGCUUCCAAGUAAGUUCGCACACACCUGAACUAAAAUAACAAAACGCUCUUAAUAAUGCUUGAUUUUUCAACCGGAGAUUUCUUUGCCUCAACAUCAAAUGCUUAAAAUUUACAUAUGUUUGUUUUAUAUUUUUUAUGAACUUUUCACUUUCCGCAUUUUUAGGUUGAUUUAAUAGACAUGAGUCAUAUGCCUGAUGGAGACUAUAAGUAUAUCCUUCAUUCCAUUGAUCAUUGGUCGAGAUUUAAUUUUCUUGCUGCCCUGGAGAGAAAGGAAAGCGCUCCAAUCACUGUUGAGUUGGAAAAAAUAUUUUCAUUGUUCGGACCACCAAAGAUCUUUCAUUCCGAUAACGGUUCAGAAUUUGUAAAUAAAUCAGUAGAUCAUCUUAUCAAAGCUUGGCCAGG